UUUGACAUUUAGGUACUCUUCAACCCCUUCCCCCCUCGAUAGUAGCGAUUUAAAUGGAUCAGCAGUUAUUACCUUAAACUUUUCCUAAUACAGAAUAUUCGCUGCGAUUUCAUAUGCCAAGUUUGUUGACUUGCUUGUCUUAAUAAUCAGGUUCGGCGACAUCAUCGGCCAAUCACUCAGAGAAGUAGGUACUGUACCUAAACACAACCUGGGAGUCAUCUUGAGGAAGCUCCUUGGCUCCGUACUGUCACCUGUUCAAGCCAGAUUUUGCAGGUUCCUUAUUCCCUCCUAGGCAAACACAUAUCCAUAUACAACGCCAUUCAACUAGAUACCUACUCAGCAUCAUGGGCACAACUUUCGAAAGUACCCCGCUCUUCGGCGGGGCACUGGUCUGCGACCUGCCCAAGAAGUUCGCAGAUGUCAGCAAGCUUCGCCAAGUUCCAGAUAACCAGGAGGUCUACAUCGACAAGAAUGGCUUCACCAGUAUCAUCAUCGAAAUCACCGAGCGCGUUGGGCCGCCGGGCGGCGGGGUUGAGGUUGAUGGGCGGGCGCUGACGACGCACCUCGAGGAGCUGGUCGGCAGCGACGUCGACACCGUCAAGGUGUGGAACACGACCGAGACAGAGUUUAGUCACCUAUCCGAGGACAUUCCGGCCUACACCCUGAUCGCGACGCAGACCCCCCAGAUCGACCCGAGGGAGCGGUCGUCGGCGCCUGACUUCACCGCCAUCAUCCUGACGCUGCUGCGGCUCGAGAAGGAGUCGACCGACAUCCUGGUCACCAUCAACGUGCCCCACAUCAAGGGCGAGUACGACGAGGACGAGGUCGACCUAGCGCUCGGGAAGCAGGGCGAGCUCAUCGGCGACGCCGUCGAGUUCGCAGCCAGGAUCUGGGAGUCGUUCAAGGUUAGGGACUGGGGUCUGUUCAACGAGGUUUGAGCUAGGUAGUCAGCUAGUCGAGGUUGCGCUGUAGGGUUGUUCAAUCCUGGUGGUUAUUUCUUCCCCCCUAAUGAGAUAUGACAAGUACGUAGAUAGCUGAAAUGGCACGGCGUUUGGGGAAAUGGUUCAUUUGGGGGUCAUCAACCCAUCUCGCCAGCCGAGAACACGGUCGAUUACAUAGGUAGGUACAUAUCAAGACUCAUUGGGUAUCAAUGCGGACAUCUCUCUACAACGA